AUGAUACCUGAACUUCCCCCAAGACCAGAUCGUCCACAAUCCGAGGAGAUUUUACCUUGUCAAGAAAUCAGUUUACCACCAAAUGUUGAAUUACUAACAACCGAAGAUAUCCAACAUUUACUCCAACAGAGAGAAAAGCUUAAAGAUUACAGUAAGAGAUUUAAUGAUCCAGCCCUCUCCAACGUAGUGGAUGAAUCUGCUGAAUGGAGAAAAGAUUCACAAGAAUUAUUGAAAGCAUUUGAAGCACUAUCAGGAGAAAAAAAGGAAUUGAAAUCACAACUUGAUGUGUAUAAGAAGUUGGAAUUUGACUAUUUGAAGAAAUGGCAAGAUUUAGAUCAUAUCAUAAGUAAUAAGUUUGACAAUGAGGCUCUGAAGAAACAGCUUCGACAUAAGAUAAUCGAUCUCGAUGAGAAGUCAUCCCGCAUGGUUAAUGAUAUUCCAGUAAAUGAUGAGUCGCUAGAUGUUUUCCUGGAGCAGUUCAUAUUAGAAAGAACAGAUUAUCAUUUGCAAAGAGAGAAACUUGCUACAUGGGAAUAUCAAGAUAUUCUAAAGAAACCAUGA